AGGGAACGCCACUGCGAAGCAGGGAAAACACAAAUAACAAAGUAACUGGAGGGAAGCCGGCAGGUCAACUCCUUGACUGAAGGGUCUCGCCUUCACAAUUACUUAAAGCGUAAAAGAAAUGGACGCCACGAAGAAGCCGCUGCGGAUUUCGCCAGAGCUCGGCGUUUAUGCGGAGAAACACGGCGUGUUCCAGAUGCUGCAGAGAAUGUUGCAGUGCCUGCUGGUGGAUAGACCACAGGAUCCCAUUCAGUAUAUGAUCGACCAUUUUAAAAAAGAAAAUGAUGAAGUUCCCCGGGUUUUUCUGCUGGGUCCGCCUGUUUCGGGGAAACUUUCUAUUGCCAAGUUGCUGUGUGACCAGAUCAACACAAACCUCCUCACUUUGGAUAAUAUGCUAGCUGGUGGAAAAUCCGAGUCUGCAGAUGAAAUUCAGAAGUUAAAAGCCAAAGCUCAGGAUAUUCCCAAUACACUAUGGGCAAAGCUGAUCCUAGAACGGCUGUCAAAAACGGACUGCAUCAAACGGGGCUGGGUGCUAGUGGGUUUCCCCAAAACGCGGGAACAAGCAAUGGCAAUACAAGAAUUGGGAAUUGCACCAGAACACGUUGUCAUACUUGAUGCCCCUGAUACCGUGCUAAUUGAGAGAAAUCUGGGGAAAAGGAUUGACCCAGUCACCAAAGAAAUAUAUCAUACAAUUUUUAACUGGCCAACAUCAACCAAGAUACAGAAUCGGCUAGAGAAACCUCCUGGGAUAACUGAGGAAGAGACCGUAAAAAGAUUAUUAGAAUACCGUCAAGUCAGUCAUGGGGUACUGAACAGCUACAGUAAAAAAUACCAUAUUAUUAAUGCUGAUCAGCCUAGUGUUGAUGUCCUUUCGCAGGUUUUGAGCCAUGUCCAAAGCCGGCAUCGAUCCGUUGCCCCCUACACACCAAGAAUCAUUCUCCAUGGACCCCCCGGCAGUGGUAGAAGCCUGCAGGCAGCAAUGAUUGCUGAAAAAUACAGGAUUGUUAAUGUUUCCUGUGGACAGUUACUAAGGGAGGCUGUCGCUGCUGAGACAAGACUUGGUGAAACCAUUAAACCUUAUGUUGAAAGUAGGCAGCCAGUUCCAGAUGUUAUGGUCAUGAAAUGUAUGGCUCAAAGGCUGAGUAAACUGGACUGUUCCACUUGGGGCUGGGUGAUGCAUGGAUUUCCUCAAGAUUUGGUCCAAGCUGAAAUGUUAAAAGAUGCAGGGUUCUUAGCAAAUAGAGUUUUUUUCAUGGAAGUUCCUGAUGAUGCUGUCAUAGAGCGUCUUUCAAUGAGAAUGGUUGAUCCAACCACAGGUAAAAGAUAUCACUCCAUCUACAAACCAGCACCGAACAGUGAAGUUUACAGUCGCUGCAAAGUAAAUCCUAAGGAUUUUGAGGAAAAUGUGCAGAAAGCACUGGAAGUGUAUCAUGCCAAUAUUUCUGAGUUGGAGGAAUUCUACAAACCUGUCAUUCGUGUCAAUGCAGACCAGGAUCCUCACACAGUCUUUGAAUACAUUGAGAGCUGUAUUGUCAAACCCUUGCCAAAGCAAACUAAUGCCUUUAUUUGAAUGAUAUUUUGGAUAAGUCAGUUGCUGUGAUGUCUUUACUACAGUUUGUAGUCAUC